UCCGCCCACUCUGUCAGGCAGGGACGCUGUUUGAAGGUGAAGGUCUUUGCCGUUUCAUCCCCGACACUGUCCUCUCCUCUGCCGUCUAUCUCUCCACCGUCCUUUCGCGACUGACAACUCUGCCGUUAUGUCUGCGUUCGCCGAGGUUCCGCAGGCCGCGCCCGUGGCCGUGUUCAAGCUGACUGCUGAUUUCCGCGACGACAAGGACUCGAAGAAGGUCAAUUUGGGAGUCGGAGCGUACCGUACGGAUGAGGGGCAGCCCUGGGUCCUGCCCGUGGUGAAGCGCGUUGAGAAGCUGCUGGUGGAGGACAACAGCCUGAACCACGAGUACCUGCCCAUCCUGGGCCUGCCCGAGUUCAGGUCCAACGCCUCCAAGAUCGCCCUGGGAGAUGACAGCCCUGCCAUCAAGGAGAACAGGGUGGGAGCAGUGCAGUGUCUGGGUGGAACUGGAGCUCUGAAGAUCGGAGCCGAGUUCCUGAGGCGCUGGUACAACGGAACUGACAAUUUAAAGACCCCCGUCUACGUCUCAGCUCCUACCUGGGAGAACCACAAUGCUGUGUUUGGCCAGGCUGGUUUUGUGGACGUGCGUCCUUAUCACUACUGGGAUGCUGAGAACAGGGGACUUGACAUCAAGGGCUUCCUGGGAGACAUGGAGGCGGCUCCUGAGCACUCCAUCUUCGUGCUGCAUGCGUGUGCCCACAACCCCACUGGCACCGACCCCACACAAGACCAGUGGAAGCAGAUCGCAGAGGUUAUGAAGAGGCGGAACCUGUUUGUGUUCUUCGACUCAGCCUAUCAGGGCUUUGCGUCAGGCUGUCUGGAUAAGGACGCCUGGGCCGUCCGCUACUUCAUAUCCGAGGGAUUCGAGAUGUUCUGCGCUCAGAGCUUCUCCAAGAACUUCGGCCUUUACAACGAGCGUGUGGGUAACCUGACAGUGGUGUGCCAGGACAGUGAGAAGCUGACGCGCGUCUUGUCUCAGAUGGAGAAGAUCGUCAGGGUGACCUGGUCCAACCCCCCCUCCCAGGGAGCACGCAUCGUCGCCACUACCAUCACCACACCAGAACUCUUCCAGGAAUGGAAGGACAAUGUUAAGACCAUGGCUGACCGCGUGCUGCUGAUGCGAGCCCAGCUGAGGGAGAAGCUGAUCGCUCUGGGCACCCCCGGCACCUGGGACCACAUCACACAGCAGAUCGGCAUGUUCUCAUUCACAGGACUCAACCCUAAGCAGGUGGAGUACAUGAUCAAGGAGAAGCACAUCUACCUGAUGGCCAGCGGUCGUAUCAACAUGUGCGGCCUCACCACCAAGAACAUCGACUACGUCGCAGAGUCCAUCCACGAUGCCGUCACUAAAGUCCAGUAAACACACAACCAACACCCUCCCUUCCCUAGCUGAACACCUUCCCUUCCCUAGCUGUGUGUGUGUGUGUGUGUGUGCGCCCAUGUACGCCCUCCCGUGUGCGCUUGUGUGUGUGUGUGUGUGUGUGACCAGCAGCAGCGACAAUUAUGUGGCCAAGUCCAUCCAUAAACCGGUCAGCACUGUCCAAUGUGUGUAUGUACGGUUCUGUAUGUGUGUGUGUGUGCGUGUGUGUGAGUGUGUGAUCCAUCUCUCAUCUCAGGCCCUGUCACAGACUUAACCUUUUAGAAGCACUUACACACACUUGCAUAUACACACGCACACACAUGGCACACGCCACCCUUACUGCUUACGCCUUGUGUCUGUCUGUGUGUGUGUGUGUGCGCGCUUGUGUAACUUGUUAAAUCCUUGUACUAAAGCCAGUGAACAGAACACACACACACACACACACACACACACAUACACAGGAGUGUGUUGAAUGUUAGACUGUAAAGGGUAUGAUAUGAAGACAUAGGAACUGUGCACUCUCCCCACUUUGUGUUUGCGUGAAUGUGCGUAUAAGUGUGUGUGUGUGUUUGCGUGAAUGUGCGUAUAAGUGUGUGUGUGUGUUUGCGUGAAUGUGCGUAUAAGUGUGUGUUUGUGUGUGUGUGUGUGUGUGUGUGUGUGUGUGUGUGUGUGUGUGUGUGUGUGUGUGUGUGUGUGUGUGUGUGUGUGUGUGUGUGUGUGUGUGUGUGUGUGUGUGUGUGUGUGUGUUCCUGUGUGUUGUGUUGUGUUGUGUAUCCUGGUGGACCAGGCACCUGAGCUGCAGCACAACUGAUGACUGAUGUCCUAUCAUGAGAAUCUCACAAACAAAACCAGUAAAUAAAUCAAUAAUAAAUACACAUGUGUACUGUA